AUGUCUAAUGAUAAUGGAGAUAAUUUGGAACUGGCAGAAAAUGUAUUAAAUUUACCUUAUGAUUUUUCAAAAUCUUUUACAAAAUCUACGGCAGAGCUUUUAAGUAAUAUGAUGUAUCAAAAACCAGAGCUUCGCCCAAAAAUAGCACUAGCGCUUCAACGUCUGGUUGAAAAAUAUAAAACUUUAUUAGAUUCAACGCAUGAUGAUGCUGAAUUAAAAAAGCUUUAUAAAUUGGAUAGGGCAACAAUCACAAAAAAUCUUGAAGUUUUACAAAAAUAUUCACCAAAUUUCUUGGCGGUAUUUUUCAAUGUGUUUAGUGAAACUUUACCUUUAUACAGAGGAUAUAUGCUUAAUGUGAUUAAAGCUUAUUUGGAGAUUACGCCUUUAAAAGAUCUCAAUGUGUUUUUUAAUAAGGCGUUGGAUCUUCUUAAGCAAUCACUUGAAACUCAAUUGUAUGAUAUGGCUGUUACGACCCUUAUUUUCAAAGAUGAUGGAACUUUACAAAAGAAAGGUUACAAAUUACUUAAACAAAUUACAGAGAGUGAAAACAACAAAUCAAUGAUAUUGGAGAAUAUCGAGUAUUUACAAAACAAAUUAUCAAGCACUGUUAUGACAACAGUAACCCCUGUUAAAAAUGUACGACUAUUAACAUUUAUUAAUAUAAUAAAGAUAUUGCCAGAAUCUGACCUACACAUGAUACCUGAUAUCCUUUCAGAAACAAUAUUGUGUACAAAGGAACCUAGAGAAAAAACCAGAUCAGCAGCAUAUGAAUUACUUGUUGUUAUGGCCAACAAGAUGAAAAAUGGUGGUACAGUGGUGAUUAGUAAAGUAUCGGAAGCAGAUCCAAAUUCAGCAGAUGUUGAAGCAAGCAUUAAUGAAUUUGUUUUUUCGAUGGUUGUAGCAGGAUUGGCAGCCACUACACCUCAUAUGAUCAGUGCAACAAUUACAUCCAUAUCAAGGUUGAUUUUUGAAUUUAAGAAAGAUCUUGACAUUGAUCUUGUUCACCAACUACUUUACACCAUGGAUAAUUUUGUAAAUUGUAAAAGUCGAGAAAUUGUAAAAUCUGCCUUGGGAUUUUUCAAAGUGGCAACCAUUUCGUUGGAUGUUGAUAUCUUGACACCACAUUUGUCACAAAUCAUAAUAGGACUUCUUGUAUGGUCUAAUGAACACAAAAAUCGUUUCAAGGUCAAAGUUCGACAUAUAUUAGAGCGAAUGAUUAGACGAUUUGGAUAUGAUAUAAUAGAAAAACAUGUACCCGAGAUUACCAAAAAGCGUGUAGUUUAUGAUAGUGCCUACGAUGAAGCAUUAUAUGGUAGUGAAAGUGAUUUGGAAGAUUCUGAUGAUCAUGACAAUAAUAGUGAUGUCAAAGAUCCGAAUGCGCCAAUUGACUUUUUGGAUAGCACAAAAGUAUACUCUUCUAUACAAAAAGCUGCCGAAAACCAUUAUUUAGAAUCAAAAAAUUCAAGUGUGGCGUUUACUCUUGGAUUAAAACAAAAACUCAAGUAUACUAAUAAGAACAGUAAUGAUAUGGAUAUUGAUAGUUAUAUUACUAACACGAACACAAAUAAUAAAAAACAUAUUAAAAAAAGCAACGAAAUUGAACCAAUUGAUGCAGUUGCUUCCAGAAUGGCCAAAAAACAGAAAAAAAAGGAAUUUAUUCCAAUUGGUAAAGAAUAUAAAGCUAAAAAAGCAGGAGGAGAUAUUAAAAAGAGCGGUAAACCAGAUCCAUAUGCUUAUGUGCCACUUUCAUCAAUGUAUCAUAAAAAAGGACAACAAAAAAAAUUUGCAAUUUGA